AUGGUUAAAAAUAAAACCUUCGAUUUCGAGAUCCUAAUUGCGAAACGUGAAUCAGGACAAUCUAAUAAUGCAGAUAAGACUGAACAUCAGGAAACUAUUGAACGUGGUAGUACGACACAUUAA